AAAAAAAUUACAGCUUUAAAAAGAAUUAUUUUUUUUUAAAAAAAAAAAAUCAAGUGUACUAUUAGUAAAAGAAUAGCAAUAAAAAGAGCUAAAGAAAAAAUUAACAAUAAAAAGUACUGUAAUAAUAUAGAUAACAGAAUAAAUAAUGAGCAAAUCAUCAACUUUUUUAUGUAAAAAGAGAGCAGCAUUACAGUGGAUCGAAAAUGUAUUAGAUAUUAAAAUCGAUCAAAAUAAAGAAUUCAACCAAAUUUUUGAAGAUGGUGUAUUAUUAUGUAAAGUUAUAAAUACUAUAAGCCCAAGAUUAAUGCCAAGAAUUUCAAUACCAGAUGCAAAUACACCAAAAGCAACUAUUCGUUUCAAAUAUAAUGAAAACAUCAGUUUCUUUAUUCAAGCAUGUGUUGAUAUGGGUGUUCCUCGUCACAAAAGAUUCGCUCUUUCUGAUAUUGUAAAUAAUCACACUACUUAUCAAAAUAUUAAAAGAAUUAUUGAAUGUUUAGAAUCUGUCUGUAAAAUUGCAAAUUCAGAUCCAAAUUACGAGUUUUCAAUCGAAUGGCCACAAUUAGAGCCAACAAUAGAGGAGUUUAGUAAAGAUGAGAUCAAUCAUGCUGAAUCAUUAUUAGCACAGUUUACAAUUAGAGAAAACAAGAGACAAGAAGUUAUAAAGAAAAGCCAAUCUCAAAACGAGGGAAAUUCAGUGGAAGCAACUAAAAAUCAAUUAUUUCAACAUCUUGCUGCUCAAAAACAAUUAUAUCCAGAUAAUAGUCCACAACAAAGGUCACCAAAAUCUGAUAGAAAUAGUUUAUCUCAACCAGUUUCACCAUUAAUUACAAAUGUUAAGGGUACAAUUACUCCAGAUUCAGUAUCUUUGUCUUCAUCACCAAAUGUUAAGCCAGUACCAUCAUCGCCAUCAAAACCUUCAGUUGUAGUAUCAACAGCAACCGUUGCAACUAAUGCAUCAUCCACCGGUACUGUUGUUUCAUCGGCAUCCAAUACAACAACAACAUCCACUACAAUACCACCAGUUGCAUCAUCAACAUCAACACCUGCAUCAAAUAAUGGUACACCAUCAAGACAAUCAAUUUCUAGACCACAAUUAUCAUUAGAAGAAAGAGCUGCAAUUAGAAUUCAAAAAGCGACAAGAAGAUGGUUAGAAAGAAAUAGACAAAUUAUUUUAGCACGUGAUUCUGCUUACAGAGAAAGAAUUGUUCAAGAGAUUAAAAAGACUGAAGUAGAAUAUAUUAACCGUUUAGCUUAUUUAAAUGACGUUAUCUUGAAGGAUUUAAGAGAGGCCAUCGAUAAAGGAUCACCAAUUAUUACCAUUGAAGAAAUUCAAAGUAUUUUCAGUGAAGUUCAAAUUAUUCUCUCCUAUAAUAAACGUUUAUUAAGUGACAUUGAAGGUAGAACUAAAGAAUGGAAACAAGACACAAUGAUUGGCGAUAUUUUUAUUAAGUUUAGUAAUUUCCUCAAGAUCUAUUCUCAAUACUCCAGAAGUUAUAGCGAAGCAAUGGGUGUAUUAAAUGAAUGCAAGAAACAAAGUAAAUUCAAGUCAUAUCUAAAUAAAAUCAAAGAACAAAAUGAAGAAAUCAAACUUCGUGGCCUUGAAGAUUAUCUCAUUAGACCAAUUCAAAGAAUUCCACGUUACAGUCUUUUAAUUAAAGAUAUGAUUUCCCAUACAUGGCAAACACAUCCAGAUUAUGAACAAUUAAAGCAAGCAUUCGACAAGAUUAAUUUAGUUGCAGAAAAUAUGAACGAAAUGAGAAAAGAAGCCGAAAGUAUAAUGAAGUUAGCAGAAAUUCAAGAAAAAUUAGAUGGUGAUAAUCAAUUAGCCAAAUCUCAUAGAAGAUUCGUAAAAGAAGGUGAAUUUUUUGAAAUUUUAAACAAAGGCAAAAAGACACCAAUUGUACUUUAUCUUUUUAAUGACAGUUUAGCUAUUACCAGACCAAACAAAUCAUCAGGUUCAUCAUUCUUUGGUAAACAAAAAACCAUUCGUCUUCAAUUCGAACAAAUUAUUUUCCUUCAUCAAUUGGUUAUCAAAGAAUUUGAAGGCUCAAAUAAUCUUCAAAUUUUUAAAGAAAAAUCAUUCUCAAUGUUAAUCACUGCUCCAGAUAAAGAAACUCUUACAGAAUGGAUCAAGGCAAUCAACAUUGAAAAAACAGAAUACCAAAAAACUCUUAGCGAUCACAAUGAUAGACAAAUGGUUCACGUUAUAGAAAGAGCUGAACAUACAAAACAAAAAAUUGAAGAAAAAUUCACUGGUCGUGCUAGUGGACAAUUUACAACAAAUGAAAUCGAAUCUCAAAUCAGUAGCGGUGCUCCUUCUUCUGAUGAUCUUUCAAGUAGUGGCAGUUCAAUCGAUAUGAAAUCUGGAAAAAUGUCCUUACGUGAAAGACGUCUUAAAUUAGCUCAAGAAUCAAAAUCAAAAAGAUUAUCAGGCUCAUCCUCUUCAUUUACAAAUUUAAAUGACCAAAAUUUAAAAGAUUCUAAAUAAAAUUAUUAAAUAAAUUU